CGCCGGUACCCUGUAAAGCAGAGCAGAUCAUGUGACUGAAAAGCAUGACACACAGAUAAGGAAGCAGAGUGCAAGCGGGGCAGACUGUCAAGACAGAACUAAGGUCUUCGGGAGACUCCCAAUGCGUCAACCAUGGCCUACCAGUACGGAAAAGUGCAGGACCCAAAUGUGCUUACUCAGACGAUAAUCUCCAACAUCCAGAAGAUAACACAACAAACAUCUGAAAUACAGAGAAUUGUGAAUCAGUUGGGAACAACACAAGACACAACUGAGCUCAGACAGCAACUGCAGCAGAAACAGCAAAAUGUCAACCACCUUGCCAAAGAAACAGACCGAUGUGUGAAGGAAUUUGGCUCUUUGCCUGUCACAACUGAACAGCGCCAGAGAAAGAUCCAGAAAGAUCGCCUUAUCAAUGACUUCUCCAAUGCACUGGCCAAUUUCCAAAAGACACAGAGGCAGGCUGCUCAGAAAGAGAAGGAGUUUGUUGCCAGAGUCCGUGCCGAGUCCAGAGUGUCGGGUGGCUUUCCUGACGACAGCUUUGGAGGAAAUGGAAACUCCUUUGAAAGUGGGGGACAGGCCCAGGUCCAGUCACAGUCCCAGGAGGUGGCCAUCACCGAGGAAGACCUGCAGCUCAUCCAGGAGAGAGAGACUUCCAUCAGACAGCUAGAGUCUGAUAUUACAGAUAUAAAUGAAAUAUUUAAGGACUUGGGAAUGAUGGUCCAUGAGCAGGGUGAUAUGAUCGACAGUAUAGAGGCCAAUGUCGAAACUGCCGACCUUCAUGUUCAGAAUGCCACCCAGCAGUUAGCACAGGCUGCAGACUAUCAGCGCAAAUCUAGAAAGAAGAUCUGCAUUCUCAUUGUCGUUCUGGUCGUACUUGCUGUUGUCGUUGGUUUAAUCAUCUGGGCAUCAGUUAAAGGAUGAUGAUGCUGCUUUUCACACACUUUGGUCCUGGCAGUUUCAUGAUUCUUUAGGAUUAAGUUUGAGUUACAAGUCUCAAUUGCUUGUAAAAUGAAGACAAAUGCGACAGCUGUUUCGUACUGUCACUUUACUAUACUGAACAAAAAUAUAAACGCAAAAUGUAAAGUUUUGGUCCAAUGUUUCAUGAGCUGAAAUAAAAGAUCUCAGAUUUUUUUUCCACAUGCACAAAAAGCUUAUUUCUCUCAUUGUGUGCACAAAUUUGUUUACAUCCCUGUUAGUGAACAUUUCUGCUUUGCCAAGAUAAUCCAUCCACCUGACAGGUGUGGCAUACCAAGAAGCUGAUUAAACAGCGUGAUCAUUACACAGGGGCACAAUGCCACAGAUGUCUCAAGUUUUGAGAGAGCGUGCAAUUGGCACGUUGACUGCAGGAAUGUCCACCAGAAAAUGUCAUGUCCAUUUCUCUACCAUAAGCUGCCUCUAAAUUGUUUUAGAGAAUUUGGCAGUACAUCCAACCGGUCUUACAACCGCAGACCACGUGUAACCACACCAGCCCAGGACCUCCACAUCCAGUUUCUUCACCUGCGGGAUCGUCUUGAGACCAGCCACCUGGACUGGUGAUGAAACUGAGGAGUAUUUAUGUCUGUAAUAAAGCCCUUUUGUUGGGAAAAAAUAAUUUUGAUUGGCUGAGCCUGGCUCACCAGUCAGUGGGCCUGACUCCCAAGUGGGUUAGUCUGCCCACCCAUGGCUGCACUACUACCCAGUCAUGUGAAAUCCAUAGAUUAGGGCCUAAUGAAUUUAUUUCAGUUGACUGAUUUCCUUAUGUGAAUUGUAACUCAGUAAAAUUGUUGCAUGUUGCGUUAUAUAUUUUUGUUCAGUGUAUUAUAUUGAAAUUUAAGUACCGGUAGAUCACUUUUUAAGGGAACUUUGUCAUUGUGCCAUUGUUGGCUUCUAUUUGUCAAUUAGUAAUGAAUUAAUAAUUAUUAAUUUAACUCCUUAAAUUCUAUAUGAUAUAAAGAGUAUGUUCUUUUGGCAUAUACAUACUGUAUGCUAUCUGCAGACACAUACAGUGAGUAUACAAAACAUUAAGAACACCUCUUUCCAUGACAGGCUGACCAGGUGAAAGCUGUGAUCCCUUAUUGAAGUCACUUGUUAAAUCCACGUCAAUCAGAGUAGAUGAAGGGGGAGGAGACCGGUUAAAGAAGGAUUUUAAAAACUUGAGAUGAUUGAGACAUGGAUUGUGUGCCAUUCAGAGGGUGAAUGGGCAAGACAACAGAUGUAGGUGCCUUUGAGCCACUGGCGGCACCUUAAUUGGGGAGGACUUUGGAGCGGAAUUAGUGGAAUGGUAUCAGAUACAUUAAACGCAUGGUUUCCAUGUGUUUGAUGCCAUUACAUUAACUCCGUCCCAGCCAUUAUUAUGAGCCGUCCUCCCCUGAGCAGCCUCCACUACUUUGAACGGGGUAUCGUAGUAGGUGCCAGGCAUACUGGUUUGUGUCAAGAACUGCAACACUGCUGGGUUUUUCACGCUCAACAGUUUCCCGUGUGUUUGAAGAAUGGGCCGCCACCCAAAGGACAUCCAGCCAACUUGACACAACUGUGGGAAGCAUUGACGUCAACAUGGGCCAGGAUCCCCGUCGAACGCUUUUGACAGAUUGUCAUGUCCAUGCCACAACGAAUUGAGGCUGUUCUGAGUGCAAAAGGGGGAAGGGGUGCAACUCAAUAUUAGGAAGGUGUUCCUAAUGGUUGGUACUGUAUUCUCCGCGUAUAUAGUAGUCUCUUGUUCUAUGGACCAAUGAUUUUGUGUCCAGGCUUUUGCGGUUUUAAUUUCUGACUGUAUCCUGAGAUAUUGAAAUCAUGUUUUUGUUGAUUGUGAAUUAAUACUAUAGUAAGAAUAAUACACACAGAAUAGGCCCGGAAUAGGCUUGUUUAAUACUGAUUAUAAUGGACCGUAGCCUUGUCUAUGCACUAGAGGUCAAGGACUGCAAUACUAAACAAGAUCUUGCAUCACUUUCGCUAUAAGGUUCCUCAAAGGAAUGCUGCCUCAUUCUUCACUUUAUGAAUGUAUUUAAUCUCACAACUACUCUCACUGUAUGAUUAAAUAUGUAUGGAUUAUA